AUGGGUUCAUUGGCAGGUCCUGUCGAGGGUAUCAGGAUAUCCAUCGACCGAGGCGGCACUUUCACAGAUUGCGUGGCGUCGGUGCCCGGCCAAGAUGAUAUCCUCGUGAAGUUGCUCUCCGUCGACCCAAGCAACUACCCCGAUGCUCCUGUCGAAGCGAUUAGAAGAGUCCUGGAGAAGGCGACAGGGAAGGAAUACCCAAAGGGCAAGAAGAUCUCUUUAAGAGGCGUUGAGUCCAUCAAGAUGGGAACAACAGUCGCCACAAACGCUCUCCUUGAAAGAAAAGGGGAGCGCACAGUCUUUGCCGUGACUAAGGGUCUCAAGGACCUGCUUCACAUCGGCAACCAAUCGAGACCGAAGCUCUUUGACCUUGCCAUACGCAAGCCUGAUGUGCUUUACUCCAAAGUCAUCGAGAUUCCAGAGCGAGUGACGCUGGAGGCAUGGUCGGAAAAUAACAAGCCCGAUGUCAUCGACAUUUCUUCAGAUCCCGCCCUGGUGACUGGUGUCACCGGUGAGGCCGUCAGGGUACUGGAGCCCUUGGACCUCGAAGCCUCAAGAAAGGCUCUACAAGAGGCAUACGACGAAGGCUACCGCUCCAUCGCUGUCUGUCUCAUGCACAGCUACACCUUCCGCGACCACGAGGCAGCGAUCGCAAAACUUGCCGCCGACAUUGGCUUCACUCACAUCUCCCCCAGCGCAGAGCUGUCGCCGGUCGUCAAGAUUGUGCCGCGCGGUAACUCGUCCACGGCGGACGCGUACCUUACCCCCGAGAUCAAGCGCUACAUUGCCGGGUUCGAGUCUGGCUUUGAGGAUCUGGCCACCAGUGGCUGCCGGUGCGAGUUCAUGCAGAGCGACGGUGGUUUGGUGGAGUUCUCUGGCUUGUCCGGUCUGAGAGCCAUCCUCUCUGGACCUGCUGGCGGUGUUGUGGGGUACGCAAGAACGUGUUUUGAUGAGACAGACAAGACACCUGUGAUCGGCUUUGAUAUGGGUGGAACGAGUACCGAUGUCUCGAGAUAUGCCGGAGAACUUGAGCAGGUGUUUGAGACAACGACGGCCGGAGUCAUGGUCCAAACUCCUCAGUUGGACAUCAACACCGUCGCAGCUGGCGGUGGUAGUAUUCUCAGCUGGCAGAGCGGCAUGUUCAAGGUCGGCCCCGAGAGCGCAUCAGCCCACCCUGGCCCGGCUUGCUACAGAAAGGGCGGUCCUCUAACCGUCACGGAUGCCAACGUCGUCCUCGGUCGCGUGCGCCCCGAGUUCUUCCCCAAGAUCUUCGGCCCCAACGAGGACCUGCCCCUAGAUGUCGACGCCAGCAGAAGUCUGUUUGAGGAGCUCACGGCAAGCAUCAACAAGGAUGAGAACACGAGUCUCAGCGUGGAAGAAGUUGCCGCAGGCUUCCUCGACGUUGCAAACGAGUCCAUGUGCCGCCCAAUCCGCACCCUCACCGAGGCAAAAGGUUACGACGCCGGCCUGCACAACCUCGCUUCCUUUGGCGGCGCCGGCGGCCAGCACGCCUGCGACAUUGCAAAGACGCUGGGAAUCUCCCGUGUCCUCGUGCACAAAUACUCCUCCGUUCUCUCUGCAUACGGCAUGGCCCUCGCCGAUGUCGUCAAUGAAGAACGCAGCCCCUGCGCACUGACUUACAGCGAAGCCAACCUACCCAUCUUCGCCGCCGAGCUCGACAGUCUCGUGGCAAAAGCCAGCGACGUUCUGCUGAUGCAGCGCAUCCCUCAAGAGCGCAUCGUCUCAGAGAGGUACCUCAACAUGCGCUUCCAGGGCAGCGACACCCCGCUCAUGAUCCAGGAGACGACGCAGCCUGGCGGGUAUCUCAAGGCGUUCAAGGACGAGCAUCAGAAGCAGUUCGGUUUCCUGCCUAUUGGCCGCGACGUAAUAAUCGACGACUACCGUGUGCGGGCCAUCGGCAAGACGACGGUGCAGCUCCCCACCCCCUGGCCCAAGGAGCUUGCCUCUGCGGAGGCUAAGGCGGCGCCGCCGGCCAAGACCACAAAACAGGUCUACUUCAAGGGUCUAGGCUGGUCCGAGACGCCGGUAUACGGACUUGCCACCCUGACUCCUCACACCAAGAUCACUGGUCCGGCCUUGAUCAUGGACGAUAAGCAGACCAUUGUUGUCAUCCCCGACGCAUCGGCAACGGUGCUUUCCGAGACGGUCGUCAUUGACGUCGCCGUCGGCACCAAGGAGACCAUCUCCACAACAACGAUCGACCCGAUCCAGCUGUCCAUCUUUGGGCACCGAUUCAUGGGUGUUGCGGAACAGGCCGGACGGGCAUUGCAGAAGACGAGCGUGAGCACGAACAUCAAGGAGAGACUUGAUUUCUCAUGCACUGUUUUCUCGCCUGACGGUGGGCUUGUGGCGAAUGCGCCACACGUGCCUGCGAUGAUCGGGAGCAUGGCAUUUGCCGUCAAGUGGCAGAUUGACUACUGGGGAGACAACCUCAAGCCUGGCGAUGUUAUUCUGUCUAACGCACCUGUCUGCGGCGGCACCCAUCUUCCCGAUCUCACGGUCAUUACUCCUGUCUUUGAUGCAGAGGGCAAGAAGAUCAUCUUCUGGACCGCUUCAAGAGGCCACCAUGCGGAUGUCGGCGGUAUUUUGCCCGGCUCAAUGCCCCCCAAUUCCAAAGAGCUCUGGGAAGAAGGCGCAGUCAUCAAGGCCUUCAAGGUCGUUGAGGGUGGUGUUUUCAAGGAGAAGGAGGUCACAGACUUGUUGAUGGCACCCGCAAACUAUCCAGGCUGUUCCGGUACGAGAUGUCUGCGUGACAACAUCUCAGACAUUAAGGCUCAGGCCGCGGCCAACCACCGAGGAAGCCAGCUCAUUCACUCCCUGAUUGAGGACUACGGCCUUGACGUCGUUCAGUUCUACAUGGAGGAAAUACAGGGCGCAGCCGAGCGCGCCGUCCGCGAUAUGCUCAAGACGAUCCACAAGCGCACAGCCGGAAAGCCCCUUACAGCCAUUGACUACAUGGACGACGGCACGCCCAUCCAGCUCAAGGUGACCAUUGACCCGACCACUGGCGGCGCCGUCUUCGACUUCAACGGCACCGGCCCAGAGGCCUACGGCAACUGGAACGCGCCCAUUGCUAUCUGCAACUCGUCCAUCAUCUUCGCGCUGCGCUGCAUGGUCGACGCGGAGAUCCCGCUCAACCAGGGUGCAAUCCGGCCCAUUGACGUACAAGUUCCCGAGGCGUCGCUUCUGAAGCCCACCGAGUACGCCGCCGUGUGCGCGGGCAACGUGCUGACAUCGCAGCGUGUGGUGGAUGUCAUCUUCAAGGCGUUUGGCGCGGCCGCUGCGAGCCAGGGGUGCAUGAACAACCUGACGUUCGGCACAGAUGAUCCCGAGACUGGGUUCGGGUACUACGAGACUAUCUGCGGCGGCGCGGGCGGUGGGCCGACGUGGGACGGUGUCAGCGGUGUGCACACCAACAUGACGAACACGCGUAUCACGGACCCGGAGUCGUUGGAGAGGCGAUACCCGGUGAUACUGAGGCAGUUUUGUCUGAGAGAAGGCAGUGGUGGAAAGGGAGCGCAUACUGGCGGUGACGGCAUCAUCAGAGACAUCGAGUUCGGCAUCCCGAUCAAGGUCAGCAUCCUCAGCGAGCGACGGGCGUUUGCGCCGUAUGGCAUGGCUGGCGGCGAGGACGGGCAGAGGGGCCGCAAUGUGUGGGUCAAGAAGAGCGGGCGUGUUGUGAACCUCGGCGGUAAAAACACCGCCAGGAUGGAGGCGGGUGAUCGCAUCAUCAUCAUGUCGCCUGGUGGUGGUGGCUAUGGAAGGCCGGAGGACAGGGUUGAAGGAGAAAAGAAACAGGUAAAUGGGUUUGUGGGUGUGGCAAACGGCACGGUGGAUAUGAUUCAGAGCAUGGGAGAGUCCGCAUAA